AUGAUAUCAACAUUAGACCCAUUCAUUUCUAUUGCCAUUCCAGCAUCUUAUUCCACAUUCAUUCUCAAUCCACAUCUUCAUCCCACCGAACUGUAAAGACCAAAAACAGAGCCAUCCAUGGAUACAGAGCAAGAAGAGAUGCAAUUCCUAGGCCUCUUCGGAGUCUACAGAGAAUCCUACAAGAUCAUCCUCUCAUGGAGAAAAAUCUUCAGCCAAAUCACCCUAACUCUAAUCCUCCCUCUCACCUUUAUCCUCCUCAUCCACAUGGAAGUCUCCAACAUCCUCUUCAGCAAGAUCAACAACAACACACAGGAAAUGCUCUACACACCACAGGACACACCCCAACACAAAAAACUCUCCGACAUGAUCUCCUCUGAGUGGGCCACCUAUUGGCUCUUCAAGCUUGCCUACAUCACCUUCCUCCUAAUCUUCUCCCUCCUCACAACCUCCGCCGUCGUCUACACCGUCGCCUCGAUCUACACCGCGAGAGACAUAACGUUCCGCGGAGUCCUCAGCGUUGUCCCAAGAGUCUGGAAGAGACUCAUGGUCACUUUUCUCUCCACUUUUGUGGCGCUUUUCAUUUACAACUUAGUGGCGAUUUUUGUUUUGGUCAUACUGGCACUCACAAUUCUGAGACAGAGUUAUGGGAUUCCAAUUAUGGUUGUCAUGGGGAUAUUUUAUAUUGCUGGGCUUGUGUAUUUGACUGUGAUUUGGCAAUUGGCGAGUGUUGUGACGGUUUUGGAAGACUCUUAUGGGUUUAAAGCAAUGAUGAAGAGCAAUGAGUUGAUGAAGGGGAAGAUGGGUUUGUCCAUACUCAUUAUUUUGACGCUCAAUGUUCCCUCCUUUUUGAUUUACCUUUUGUUCAACAAGCUGGUGGUGCAAGGAUUGAGGCUGGGUUAUGUGGAAAAAACAGCUUAUGGGAUCUUGUGUCUCAUACUUUUGUCUCAUUUGAUUCUGUUUGGGCAUGUGAUCCAAUCUGUGCUUUACUUUGUUUGCAAGUCCUACCAUCAUCAGAAUAUUGACAAGUCUGCUUUGUCAGAUCAUCUUGAAGUGUAUCAUGGUGAGUAUGAGCCAUUGAAGGCCAAAGAUGUUCAGCUGGAGCACUACCAGGUCUAAUAGACUGUCUAGCUAGAAGUCUAGAACAAACACUAAUAAUUGUUUAUUUUUAUAUAUAUAUCUAAAUUGGCAAUUGUGCGUAUAGAUAUAUAUAGGAUCUGCUACUACGGUUCAAUUUCUUGAUGUUCUAAGAAUUAAGUAUCAUUUUGUGAAAUCUAAGGAUUAUUUGUAGCCUGUGGCUUUCUUUUUGUGUAAGAUAUUAAUAAAUUCUUGGAGAAGUUCAUUUUA